CAUAUGGUAAUUGCUAUCCAUGCUUUGAGUUUCAGUUGAGUUACAAUUUCCGCUAUGAACAACUUCACUGUAACGCCGAGCAACGGCAGUUUGGAAAGACUCGAACCAGGCUAUGUCAUUUCGUUGGUUGUUAUAAACGCUUUGAGCUCCGUUACAGCUUGGGUUCUGAAUUUCUUGAUCAUUCUAACCUUGAUAAAGACGCCAUCAAUGUGGACUCCUUCGUAUAUUCUUAUUCUUUCUUUAGCCUUCUCUGAUCUUGGUGUCGGGAUUCUGGUACAGCCAGUUUUUUGUGUUGAAAUGUUUACCAAAAUGAAAGGAUACCCAUCCUCUUCUGAAGUGAGCUAUAAUCUUAUUAGAGAAAGCACCGCGUGGGUGUUUGGGUUUGGAUCUUUUCUGACGAUUACUGCCAUCACCAUCGACCGKUUCCUUGCUCUUCACUUGCACCUAAGAUAUCAAGAACUCGUAACAACCAAACGAUCGUGUAUAGUUCUGAUCAUCAUUUGGGUUUUAGCUUUAUCUGGACCCGUUACUCAAUGGAUUGAUCUUGUCGAAAUAAUUUAUCUAUAUUUCGCAGCAGCGUUAGUGAUUCUGAACAUAAUUUUAAUGGUUAUAAUUUCUCGAGCCGUGCGAAAACAUUCAACARUYAUCCAUGUACAAGAGCAAGCAGUACARGGAAGCUUAAACCUUACACGAUACAAGAAAAGUGUGAACGUAAUGUACUAUAUCAUGGGUACGGUGGCAGUUUGUUAUAUUCCUUUCAUUAUUGCGCAAAUUGUAUUGUUUUAUGUAGAUAUAAGCGUUUUUUUAGUACAAGCAACGUACACAAUAAUGUUGAUAAACAGUGCUUUGAAUCCAAUCAUAUAUUGCUGGAGAAURCAAGAAAUGCGAAAUGCCAUUUUGCAGCUGUUUCGAAGCAUUCCAUGUUUACACCAGCAACAGUGAAACAUUUCAAGCAAGACUCCUAYAAUAAUUCCGUGUUAUAACUUCAAACUGUAUGACGAUSUACUAUUUUAUAAAUGGAGUUUUUYCAUGUGRAAAUUGAAGGUUUGCAUUCUUUAUUCUGCAAGAAAAGACASUUUCCUUCCCCAACACGAGGAAGAGAUAUUGUGAAUAAAGGAACGAAUGAAAGGAUAGAGAAGGGACUUCUUUUUUCUAAGGGGAAGAAAGAAAGAAAAGAACACCGAAGAAUGCGAAUAAGAAAACAAGAAAAAGACAGAUAAAUAACCAACGUAGGCAAGAAAAGACAUGAAAUCCAGGAAAAUCUAUCCCUGAUUAAGUUCUUGAGUCUAUUCAAAAAACCUUCCACAUUACACAAAUAGUGUCCGACUUUAUACAGCAUCUCAGCUGUUAAACAGCUUCGAGACAUAAUAGUCAGAAACCUUCAUAAUAUGAUACAGGAUCAGCCAAUAAAAUCAACGGCAGCUUGGAACAGCUUUUGACAUUUUGUUGAUUGUUAUCAAACACUWUGUGCUCCGCUGUAAUUUGCGUUUUGAAUUUCUUGAUCAUUGUAACUUUUAUCAAGACGCUAUCAAUGUGGACACCUUCGUAUAUUCUUAUUGUUUCUUUGGCCCUGUCUGACUUUGGUGUUGGGGCUAUGGUACAGGCCGGCUUUCUGUGUUGAAAAGUUUGUCAAAAUGAAAGGAUGUCCAUCACUUUUUGAUGUGAGCUAUAAUAUUAGAGCAAGCACCGCUUUAUGGUGUGCUGUCUUAAUUCUCCAAGAAGAGAGUUUUCUCCCCUACCUCGUAAAGAAAAGAAGACGAGAAGAGAAGCAGAGAGAAUUUCAAUGGACAAAAGAAGGAAUAAGUAGGAAAAAUAAAGAAUACAGUCAAGAAGACGAGAAAAAGACUUKAUAUAAAUAACGAAUGCAGGCAAAAAGACAUCAAGUCAAGGAAGGAGACAAGACACAAGUAGAAUUUUUACUAAAAGGUCAUUAUAUUUCAAUGUCUAUGUAAAUAACCUUUCAUGAUACGAAAUAUAGUCUUAAUUUAAACUACAUUUCAGCUGUUGAACAGGCAAAUUUUCAUCAAAAUAUAACGAUCCCAUUUUUCUGAAAAAUGGAAUUUUUGUGAAAAGAAUACAUAUGUUUUAACUCAAUUAGUAUAGGUAAUAAUAUGGUUUCGAGUUCAAUUUGGAAUUCAUUUGCACAAGUUUGUUUUUYAAAGAGGAUAUCAUUGCGUGAGGCCGUAGGCCGAAAAAAAAAGAAAGCUUGAUCCUGAUUGGCUGAAAACAUCUCUUUUGUUUCUUAGCCAAUCAAAAGCGCAAAUUUUCGUUUGUAAUUGCACUGAUAUUACAGCUUUUUGCACUUCUCAGUCUGUUGAAAUUGAACUGUAGAAAUGUAAUUACACUGAAUUAAGAAUUAAUUGAGACGUUAACAGCCAAUCACAAUUGAGUGCUUUUUUCAUGUAUAUUAUUAGCAUGUAAAUCGCUAAUUAUUUCCAUAAAAUAUCAUAGAGGAUAUUACAUUUGCGCGCGGAGAUACAGAUUUUAUCUUCGAUUGUUGAAAAGA